UGCGAGGCUUGUCAACCUCCUCCCCCCACCAGGAGAGGAGGAGGUAGAGGCUAGGGACGAGGAUAGGGAGGUCCACUCUCCCUCUCUCUCUCAGGCAGUCAGUGUGUGGCGCACCUGACGGUUAGACGGACGCUCCUUACUCACCCGCCCCUAUAGGAUGUUGCGGUGGGUGUUGCUGUGUGUUGGUGUGGUUGUGGGGGCCCAGGUGCCGGACCCCCGGCCCGACCCCUCCCUCUACAACAUUGGCGUGGGUAUACACGACGCUACCGGCCCUGCAGCAGGCGUCAACAUGAUGGGGUACGCUAACCCAGGGCAGAUCAACAGUGGGAUCCACAUGCGUCUCUUCUCUCGCGCCUUCAUCUUCGACGACACCCAGCGACGGGUCGUCUUCGUCAGCCUCGACUGUGGCAUGAUGGCCUCCAGCAUCAAGAUCAAGGUGGUGGAGCGGCUGCAGGAGGAGUACGGGGACCUGUACGGCCACCACAACCUCAUGCUCUCCGGCACCCACACCCACUCCGGCCCUGCCGGCUACCUCCAGUACCUCCUCUUCGAUAUUACCAGUCUUGGCUUCAUCUCAGGGACUCUAGAUGCUAUGGUUGAAGGCGUCGUUCUGAGCAUCAAAGAGGCGCACGAGAGCAUGGUCCCCGGGUACCUGUACCUCACCAGCGGGGAGCUGCUAGACUCCUCCAUUAACCGCUCCCCGUCAAGUUACCUCUACAACCCGGAGGAGGAGCGGGCCAAGUACCUCUACGACACCGACAAGACCAUGACCCUUCUCAAGAUUGUCGCCCAAGACGGUACAGAUUUAGGGAUGGUGAACUGGUUCGCAGUACACCCAACCUCCAUGAACAACACCAACACUCUGGUCUCCGGCGACAACAAGGGCUACGCCUCACAACUCUUCGAGAAGGCUAUGAACCCCGGUUCAUUACCUGGUCAAGGCAAGUUUGUCGCAGCAUUUGCUCAGACAAACUGUGGAGACGUCAGCCCCAACACCGAGGGCCCCAAGUGCAUCGACACGGGUCUGCCCUGUGACCUGGUGUCCUCCACCUGCAACGGCCGUGUGAAGAACUGCAUUGCCUUCGGUCCUGGCAAGGACAUGAUGGACAGCACCAGGAUCAUUGGCAACAACCAGUUCCAGAAGGCCUGGGAGCUGUAUCAUGAUCCGGCGCCGGUUAAGGUAUCCGGUCCAGUUCAGUUUGCCCAACAGUUCAUCGAUAUGUCCAACUACACUGUCAAUUUUAGCGACGGGUCUUCGAACACAACAUGUAUCCCAGCACUAGGCUACAGCUUCGCCGCGGGCACCACAGACGGGCCAGGAGCCUUCGACUUCACACAAGGAAUGACGACUGGUAACCCCUUCUGGAACAUGGUCAGCGGCCUGCUCCGUACACCCUCGCCAGAGCAGGUCGCUUGUCACGCCCCUAAGCCCAUCCUUCUCGACACCGGCGAGAUCAACAUACCCUACCCAUGGCACCCGACCAUCGUGGAUACCCAGAUGGGUCGUGUGGGGCAGCUGGUGGUCGCCCCCGUGCCCGGAGAGUUUACCACCAUGUGUGGACGACGCUUCAGAGACCAGGUGGCUGCAACAUUCGCAGCUGGAGGAGUGGCUGACCCAGUACCAGUGAUCGCGGGAUUGAGUAACUUGUACACUCACUACAUCACCACCUGGGAGGAGUACCAGGCCCAGCGCUACGAGGCCGCCUCCACCAUCUACGGCCCCCACACCUGCAGCGCCUACAUGCAGCAGUAUUCCUACCUCGCCGCAGCCAUCCUCAACGGAGAGACUCCGCCAGCCGGCCCGCCACCCCCAGACAUGUCGGACUCCCUCAUCACCCUCCUGCCGGAUGUGAUGUUUGAUGGCGUCUCCGUCGGUACCUCCUUCGGGGACGUGGUGGCCCAGCCCUACCCCCUAGCCUACGUCGGAGAGACCGUCACUGCCAAGUUUGUUUCCGGUCACCCGAGGAACGACGUUCAACUCGGGGGAUCCUUCCUGACGGUGGAACGCCUGGACGAGGCCGGCGACUGGCAGGUGGUUGCUACUGACGCUAGUUGGGAGACCAGGUUCAUCUGGGAUCGGGAGUCGACGCUGCUGGGGACCAGUGUGGCCACGGUCAAGUGGGACGUUCCGGAGGAUGCGGAAGUCGGUACCUACCGGAUUACUCACACCGGACACCACAAGACCCUCUUCCGUGGCGUCUACCAGUACCAAGGUGCAACCGACCCCUUCAAGGUUGUGCAGGGGCCGCCAGAAGUCAGCGACAACAGAGUCAGGAGACGAAACGACCCUCAGCUGACAUGGUGGAAAAAGUUGUUUGGAACGUAUUAAUUUGCUCUCUGUCCCAGCUGAUGUCAACCUACAUCCACUUUCCCAUCCCGUUACUCUCUUUUGCUCUCUUCCAUCACGCUCAAGUUUCCAUUCUCUCCCAUUGAUACUUCUUUAACCACUUGGGGUGGACGGUAGAGCAACGGUCUCACUUCCUGCAGGUAGGUGUUCAAUCCUCGACAUCCCAGUGGCUGGGCACCAUUCCUUCUCCCCCGUCCCAUCCCAAAUCCUUAUCCUGACCCCUUCCAAGUGCUAUAUAGUCGUAAUGGCUUAGCGCUUUCCCCGAUAAUUCUCUCUCAUUGAUACUUGAGCACACGAGUCUACCUCCUGAAGCCUCAUUCUCACCUCACAGGCCUCCUCACUGCUCUCACAAAUCUCUCAUUCAUAAUCUUCAACAAAUAAUGUUGUCUGUUAUAAAGAUGUUAUUACUUUGAGAAGAGACAUUAAAACUGUUCAGAAUACUGAAAGAAUAUAAUACAUGGAAAUCAUGGGACAGAAUUUGUUAAGGUGUAGAGAGUUAUUGUUAAUAAAAAUUAGUCAAAAGUG